GCCGCGCACAGGCCGCGCCGGGCCACACCAGAGCGGAGCGCCGCACGGCGGAGCAGAUCGGUUCGGUCUCGUUUAGCUGCGAUCCAGGGCGGUGCCCCCGACAGGAUGUCAGACGCGGGUCGCAGGGACUCGGGCGGCCCGCAGGAAGAAGCCGCCCAGGACAACGGGGCCGUCAUGAAGAGCACGGCGUCGGACGGCGCCGAGAAAAUGGCCUGCAGUCAAGACGUGUCCGCGGCCACACCGCCCUGCAACGCCGCGGCCGCCGCGGUGCAACCCCAACCCCAGCCCCAGCAGCUCGCCGUCGGCACGAUCGAUCGACCGUCGGCGCAAAGGAGGAUAGUCAAGAACGUGCAGAGCGUGAUCCCGAGGAACAGGUUGGAGUUGCUGAAAUGGAAUGGCUGGGGCUACAAGGACUCCAUGUUCGAACUCAAAGGAGACUUGCUUUGCUUCACGGGAAAGAGGUACCCCAUCGGCAACCAGACGCUGCCCUACUUCACAGAGUGGGCCAUCAACAAGCUGGGCAUCGACGUGAACCGACGGAACAGGGCCCAGCCGCUGCCCAAGCCGGCGGACUUCCCUAAGCCCCGAGUCGAGACAGCGUUUUUGUCGGAGCUAAAGGGGCACCGCAUAGCCCAUUCCGUGUCCGGGCUGGACCGCCUGGUUCGAGCCCACGGCCACACGCUGCACGACAUGUUCGUCCUGCGCGAGGGGGCCUUCGACCGCAUUCCCGACGUUGUCGCGUGGCCCGAGUGUCAUGAUGAUGUAGUGAAAAUUGUGGAAUUGGCGGCUAAAUUCAAUGUCGUGGUCAUUCCCUUUGGGGGUGGCACGAGUGUUUCUGGAGCUGUGUCCUGUCCUACAAAGGAGCACAGAACAAUUCUUUCUUUGGACACAUCUCAAAUGAAUCGAAUCCUGUGGAUUGAUCAUGGAAAUUUAGUGGCUUGCUGUGAAUCAGGAAUAGUCGGACAGGAUUUGGAGCGAGCAUUACAAGCGCAGGGCUACACUACAGGCCAUGAACCAGACUCAUAUGAGUUUUCGAGCUUAGGAGGCUGGGUUGCUACUCGAGCAUCUGGGAUGAAAAAGAACACUUAUGGAAAUAUAGAAGAGUUACUAGUAUCUGUUCGAUUUGUAACGCCUACAGGAGUGCUUGAAAAAAGAACUCAAGUGCCCAGAAUGUCUUGUGGUCCAGAUUUCAACCAUAUUGUGUUAGGAUCAGAAGGCACUCUUGGUGUCAUUACCGAAGCCACAAUCAAAAUCCGUCCACUCCCGCCCUGCAAGAAAUAUGGGUCCAUAGUUUUUCCAGACUUUGAGUCAGGAGUGAAAUGUUUACGAGAAAUAGCAAGACAGAGGCUCCAACCAUCCUCCAUACGCCUUAUGGACAAUGAACAGUUCAAAUUUGGACAGACACUUAGGCCAACUCCUGGAUAUCUAGGAUUAAUAUUUGAUGGGCUUAAGAGGAUGUAUAUUACUAAAAUAAAGGGCUUCAAUAUUGACUCAAUGUGUGUGGCCACUCUGGUGUUUGAAGGCGAGAAAAAAGAUAUAGAAUAUCAUGAGAAAAAGAUUAAUGCUAUUGCUGCAAAUUUCAAUGGCAUCCCUGCAGGCGAAACAAAUGGAGAGCGUGGUUACAUGUUGACUUUUGUGAUUGCUUACAUUCGAGAUUUGGCACUUGAAUUCAACGUUGUAGCUGAGUCAUUUGAAACAUCUGUUCCAUGGGACAGGACAAUUACACUGUGCAAAAAUGUGAAACACAGAAUAGGAGAGGAGUGUAAAUCAUUAGGAAUAGAGCACUACUUCAUUUCAUGUCGUGUAACCCAGACCUACGAUGUUGGAAGUUGUGUCUACUUUUACUUUGGAUUCAAUUGGACCACUCUACCAGAAACAUCUGAUCCUCUGUCAGUUUAUGAACGGCUUGAGGAGAUGGCAAGGGAUGAAAUACUUGCAUCUGGAGGUUCCCUAUCCCAUCAUCAUGGUGUAGGCAAACUACGUGCUAAAUGGUUCUGUGGUCAGGUGUCUCCCCUUGGUGUUCAAUUGUAUAGUGCCACAAAGAGGCAGUUAGAUCCCAAAAAUAUAUUUGCCUGUGGAAACUUGGUACAUAUACCAAGUUCUUCUUUGUAAAGCUGAGAAGCUUUACAUCUUGUUGAAAGUGUAGAUCAAGUUACCUCAAAUACUGAUUAAAAGUACAAUAGGUUUUGUUUAGUGUCAUUGACACAAUAUUUAGACAUGUAGCUCAUAAACAGGGUCAACAAUCCCUGAAAAUCUUGUCAUCCACAUAACAAGUCAUAAUUGUCACCAUUUUACUAGUCUUGUUUAAAGUACCCUGUAAAUGCAACUUCACUAGCUUGCUAAGUAUUUUGUAGAUACGGUAAACGUUUUUAUAACAUUGAGCUUGUUAUGUACAUCACAUUGAGGUUACAAUGUGGUAGUGAUGUUUUUGUCAUGGCAUUGUUGUGAGAUAUUUAGAGUACCUAGUUCAAUCAUGUUUCUUUGAUGUAAUUCUCUGACCCUCUUUAGAGAUUAUGCCAACUCUUAAGACUGAAGGCCAUGGAGCUCUAUAAAUUUUAAAGAGACAUGAAGUUUCCCAGAGUCUAAUUUGUUCUUAACUAAAAUUGUGAAGCUCAGGUUUCUUUGCAAGUUUACCAUUGAAGUGUUUCCAAUCUGAUAAGGCUUCACUUAAUAUAGAGCAACAAUAAAAUUCUUUAUUAAAACAGUAGUGUCAUGUGUAAUUCAUAAGGCUGUAUCUACUCUCUGUGCUAGAACAAUUUGCUUUGCGAGCACAACUUUGAUUAGCCAUUUUGUUUAUGUGUGCCAUUUUUCAUUUGCAGCACCGAAUUUCCUGUGUUGUACCUAAGUGCACAGUGAGUGCAACACAUUUUUCAACAGCAAACAUUCUUAAUAAAAAAAUAGCAGAUGCUUUUUCAA